AUGGAUGCUGUUGGGUACACCUUGGGUGAUAACACUCCUCAGAAUCAUAAGUUGAUGAAAGCCCAAGUGCUUGCUUGUGUUCUCGACGGUGGCAAGUUUGUGGAAUGCAGCAGGUUUCAACGAAUCCAAUUGUUGCCCUGAUCAGAAAAUAUUGUUCGAACAACAGUUGCGGAACUUACUGCAACAGCAUGAUUCUCCCUUCCAAAAAGAUCCCAGUGCUUGUGAACGUGACACAAUUGUGGAGGAAGUGCACGAGAUCGCUCCUGACUUGACAGCAAUGAUUGCGCAAUGGGAACAUUCACCUGGAGCAAAACCGUCAACUAGGCAGGAAAAAAGAACAAUGAAGGUUCUCAACCACUUU